UAGAAAAGGUUAAACCAAACAACUGUACGUUGUUGCAUUGGGCUUGUGACACAUGAUUUGCCCCAGUGAAAAAAAGGUGAACAGCAGAAGCAAUGGAAAAAGAGGAAAAGUAAAAGUUGGGUUUGAAGGUAAUUAUAGGCAUGGAAAGGCGACCAGACUCUCUUUCUCUCUCUUGUUGUUACAGUUGGGAGGUUUGGGACAGAUCUUUGGCCAAGUAAAAAAGCUUGACGAAGGAAACAAAGAAAAACCCAAACCCCAGACUAGCCCUUGUUUUUUCCUUCUCUGUCUCUUUCUUUUUCUUUCCUUGCGUGAGACAGGACUAUGAUUGAGUGAACCAGACAAAGAUUACCUUCCUGUCCGAACUUAUCUUCUUCAUCUUACUUGUUCUUUUUUGUUGUUUUUUUACUCCUUCCAUUUUGGUUUUCUGAUUAGACCCGUGAAAAUAAAAAAGAAAUGGGUAAUGCUGCUUUUGUUUGGUUGGUGGUCAAGUGAAAUGAGUGAUCUUUAUUUUCCCCGGAAAAUAAGGGAAAGUGUGAGAAAAUAAGUAUAGGCAAAAACCAGCUGGCGAGAAAAACACCAGGAUUUUUAUUUUCUUGUUUAGUACACUUUCAAUCUUCUUUUCCUUCUGUGUUUUUGUUUUACUUUUUGCUGGGGCUGCAACAUUUGAGGAGGAAAUGAGGAAGCAUGGUUGGCAACUUCCUUAUCAUCCACUCCAGGUGGUGGCUGUUGCUGUGUUCUUGGCACUUGGCUUUGCUUUCUAUGUGUUCUUUGCUCCUUUUGUUGGGAAGAAGAUGUUUCAAUAUAUUGUGAUGGGAAUCUAUACUCCUCUUAUUACAUGUUGCUUAGGCCUAUAUAUUUGGUGUGCGGCUGCGGAUCCUGCAGAUCCUGGAGUUUUUAAGUCUAAAAAGUAUCUCAAAAUUCCCAAAAAUGGAAAAUAUUCUGGACUGAAGGACUCUAAAUUAGGUGGAGAUUCAACUGCAUACUUGCAUGAUGAUAAUGCUACUUUGGCCGGAGGAAAAACUCUGGAAAACGAUGCAGCAGCUACAAAUGAAACCAUGAAAGAUACCAGCGUUGAAAUUGAGGGAAACAAUGCUUCAAUGAAGCAAUCAUCUUGUCUGCUAUGGGUUUUCUCUCCUUGUGCAUUUAUCUGCAAGUGCAGUACCUCAAAAGAAGAAUCUUCUGAGCAACAGAUGAGUGAAGAGGGCAUGUUUUAUUGCAGUUUGUGUGAAGUUGAGGUUUUCAAAUAUAGUAAGCACUGCAGAGUCUGUGACAAAUGUGUUGACCAUUUCGAUCAUCACUGCAGGUGGCUAAACAAUUGCAUAGGAAAAAGGAACUACCGACAAUUUUUCACCCUCAUGGUUUUUGCUCUUCUAUUGCUUAUUCUACAAUGGUCAACUGGAAUCCUUGUCCUUAUCUGCUGUUUCACUGAGCGGAAGCAGUUUUCUAUGGAUAUUUCAUCAAAGUUAGGAAGCAGUUUCUCUUUGGUUCCAUUUGUUAUUGUGGUUGCGUUGUGCACCAUUUUGGCUAUGAUUGCUACAUUACCUCUUGCACAGCUUUUCUUCUUUCACAUUCUUCUCAUAAAAAAGGGAAUCAGCACAUAUGAUUACAUAAUAGCUUUAAGGGAGCAAGAGCAAGAGCAACAAGGUGUUGGUGGUCAGCAGAGUCCACAAAUGUCCCCUGCCAGCUCACUUACUGGAUUAAGUAGUGCUAGUUCCUUUUCUACUUUUCACAGGGGUGCAUGGUGUACACCCCCACGUCUGUUCCUCGAAGAUCAGUUUGAUGUUGUUCCUCCCGAUACUGGAUCUGUGAGUUCAUUUGGGAAAAAAGUGGUAGGGGAGGAACCAAUUAAGAAGAAGAACCCUGGAGCAGUUAAGAUCAGUCCAUGGACGUUGGCACGGUUAAAUGCAGAAGAUGUUUCAAAAGCUGCAGCUGAAGCAAGGAAAAAGUCCAAAAUCCUGCAGCCUAUGGUGAGACGUGAAGCCCCUUUUGAGCUAGAAGCAGAUAGUAGCUUUGGCAGCAGUGGCCGGCGAAUGUUCCCAAGGCCUGAUGGCAACAGAAGACGAGCAUCUAAGCGGGUGCGUCUCCCAGCUGACCUACCCCUGGAGCCCUUAAUGAACAUUUCUUCUAAAGCUGCUGAUAAAGGUUUCAAUGACACAUCAAGUAGUUUGGCACCUCUUCAAAGGGAAGCUCGAAGUGCUUUCCAAACAAGCCAAGCAAUGUCAAGCUCUGUUGGGAUUAUUGCUUCUUCACCUGAGAGCAGUUUAGACUCACCAGAUAUUCAUCCUUUUCAGGUCUCCUCAUCAGGAGCUGAAGAAUCAAGACAGCUAACUGGUUUACCUGCUGUCAGUAUGGCUGCUCUGAAGGGAUUUCCAUUACCUAGGUCUAUUAGUGAUGGUUAUGAAGCAUCUGGUGGGGAAGAUAGUGAUCGAGUUCCUUCAAGAAUUAUCCAGAAAUCCACGAACUGGGGCAAUAUUCCCUUUGGUUCUGCACAGGAUGAGAGGGUUGUUAAACUAAAAGCACCAUCUUCAUCCAGCCAGGCUAACAGUAGAAUGCUGUGACUGAUUGUGAAUCAAUGAAGUUGGUUGAUUUCGGUUAAAAAGUUCAUUCUUUAAUUUCUGGUCCUAAGAAUUCCAAGUGCCGAGUGACAAUCAUUCAAUUGAUCUGAAAUUUUGAAUAUUGGCUUUUGGGAUUCUUAAAUCAGGCAUAAUGGGAAGAGAUGACGAUGGCUGUAAAAAAGACUUCGGUAUCCAUCGCGGCAACGCUAGCUACAAGAGUUUCAUUUAAGAGUCAGUCAUUUGGUGACAAGAAGGAAAGGUUUUUGGUAUGUGUUGGGUAUGAUUCACCAUUGUACUUCUGUGUGGGUUUUGAUUCCUCAUGGAUGUCUCUUGAACAUUUCCCGAGUUUCUGAAAAAAAAGUGAAAAAUUUGCAGAUAUAGUCCAUGUUGCAUCUCAUCUCUUCUUAACGUUCACAAUGUGUCCCCCAGCUGGUGAUCUUUACCCAUUUCAUUUAGUAUAGCAUUUUCUUCUUCCCACCUUCCCUUAUAAGCUAAGAUUUGAAGUUGUUGAAACUUGAAGCAGGCAUUUGUUGAGACGAGGCCGAUUGGGUGCUGCAACCAAGCUAUGAAUACAGAGAAAGUGAAGAUGAGGCGGGAGAAGAUACAAAUUUAAGCUGUUUUGUUUACGUUACUUUCUCAUGUUAUUCUACUUCAUGUUCUUUAGCGUUCUU